UACCUGUCGACCUGUCCAAACCAGAUUCGCCUUCUGUUUCAAAAUUGUUUCCGAGCCUGUCGUAGCAGAUUGCGUCUCUAAUCCUACAUAGCUUUUAUAUUUUUUUGUAUUACUAAAAAAUAGAAGAAAACACGGGGGCAAGGACAUGGAGUGAGAGAGGUUAAAGAAGACGUUGGCUUUUACGUCUCCUUGUUCAAGCUUUCUUCUUUGCUUCUCCUUAGCAAAGAAGAGAAGCGAGGGGGCAGGAAAGGCCCAACCAGCAACAACCCAUCUCGUCCGAGCAGCAGUUUUAUACGUUUCUGUUGAGAAAGUUUGAAGCUUUUGUUGGCUUUAAGGCUCGGACGAGUGUUGGGUUUUGUUGCUUUUUGAUUUUGGCGAAGAUGUUGGUGGCAAACAGUUUCGAUCUUUGGAAGAAAGACGUGUUCUUUCCCGCAGCUGAGGAGGUGCAAGAAUCAGCUGAUAUAAUGGAAUCCACGUAUAGGGCAUGGGCUCGAGAGAGGAGAGAAAGUGUAGCACCGGAAGAUUUGGAUGAACUCUGUAGGGAGCUGCAAACAGCUUUAGGCACUGCCAAAUGGCAGUUGGAAGAGUUUGAGAAGGCUGUCAGGUUGAGCUAUCGCCAACGUGGUGAUGAUCAUACAACAGCUAGACAUAGACAAUUUAUUUCUGCCAUUGAAAACCAAAUUUCCCAUGUUGAAACAGCAUUAAGUGCAUCCUUCAGUGCAGAAGGAAAGAAACACUUACGCUGGGUAGAGCUAGAUGAAGAAGAAUGUGAUGACUUAGCUGCAUUUCUCUCUGGGACAUCCCAUUGUAUUCCAAGCGCCAAAAAUGAUCAUGUAGAACUUGGACCUUCUGUGAAAAGCUCUGAGGAAAAGCCUAUGAGAAGAAAAGAAGUGGACAUUAAAUCUAAUGCUGCCUGCAAUUUGGACAUUUCUGAUGAAAUAAAGGGUGUUAAAGAUACUGCUAUUAAUAUUAAGGAUCCGAAUUUUAUCAUGGACCUAAGCGGGAAAGAAAUGCCAGGAACUAGGGAUGAUAUCGUUUAUCAUGCUGAUAGAACAACUAAUACAAGGAAAACAUGGGGCUCACCAAAUUGUGAAUUGAGGAUUAUCGUAGCUGAUGAAGCUGAGCAGAGAACACAGGUAAUGCCAAGCUUAGAGGAUACACCCAAAGAAAAAGGGUCCAAACUUGUCUUUUGGAGAAGUUGUGGAGAAUUUCAUCAAGCAAAGGGAGCAGUUAAUUUGUUCAACCAGCUGUUUGGCAGGGUUGGUGCAUCUCAAAAGCAAUCACAAAGUCCACAGAAGCGAUGGCAAGGUCCAUUACGCUUGCAUUACGGUCGUUCUGUUCAAGUCACCCUCGUUUUAAUGCUCACUUUUUUCCUGCUUGUACCAUUUGUGUUCUAUUCAAGUUGAGAUAAAGCAUACAGAAUGGACAUGAUCAUGGUGGAAACUGAAAGGGGUAUCGGAGCUGUUUCUGGGUGGCGGCAGUCUGAAAAGGGAAUGCUUGUCACUACCAUCCUCCAGUUGUUUUAAGGGCUUUGGAAUAGGCCAAGCUACCUCUCUUUGUACUGUAUAGGAGUGAAAGAGGCAACAGGAACAAGGUAGCAAUCCUUUUAGAUCUCCAGAUGCCCAUUAAAUGUAAAUUCAUUCAGGGUUUAAACAUGAGAAGAAUAUUUGGUAGUGUAGACAUUCCACGGUUCCAAUAUGCUUCGAACUUCAGUGAUGACAUUAUUCUAUACAUGAUGUCAAUUAUGACACGGUUAGGGGACCCAUGUACUUGUAAUGGUCUUUCUAGUGGUGUCGUCUUUAACCAAUGCACGAAGUAGGUAAUAUAGUAAAAGUAAAUGCGAAGACAUUUUCAUGAC